AUGCGAACAUCUGAUCCCUUGCUCCUCCUGCUGGUGCUGCUCACGACAGUGCCGUCGGUAGAGCCAUUUUCAAGUGCCUCAGCGCACAAAGGUGCCAAUCCGUCCUGCUCGGCCCCAAUUCGGACGCAAUUGGACCCUGCGCCGCUCUCAUCGCACGACCAGGAUCUGCUCAAGCUCCUGCUGCCCCAGCCGACUAGCGACCAGCCCGCUGUCCGAGCCGCUAAGUAG